AUGGACAUCGGCGCACGACAUGGCCGCUGCUCAUCUACACGCUUGGGGAUAUCGACAUCUGCAGCCAUCUCGAUGUGGAAGUCGACCCUGAACCAGAUCCACGACUGGCCCUUGACCAGUCCUUUACCACCACCGCCAAUAGCUAGUACUUUUACCAGUGAUACCACCUCUCCUCCCUUGUUACUCUUUGUCCCUGACAAACCCUUUAAUUUGGAUUGGAAGCGACAGAUCGACAAGAAAAGUUUUGGCGGAAACAUCCCACCACAGCAAAAACAGCGUUUAGCAGCUUUAAAACAUAAUCAACAACGUGCAACUCUCGUCGCGCACCUACAGUCUAUCUAUGAUGAUAUGUUCAUCGACGUUGAGCAGCUUCAGCAGCCCAAAUCAAUCCCGAAAAGCACCCAAAAACCGCCUAGCAGCAGCAACAAGCGUGAGCUGAUCGCUUCAGAGCAUCAGAACCCUCAAAGCCGAAAGAAAGCAAACACCGACAUUGGUCGUGAUGCUGCAGCAAUAUAG